UGGUGAACAGAAAAGUGCAGUUGAAAUGUCUGCUAGAGAAGUUCUUGUAAAAUGUAAGAAGUUAGUCAUGCAACAGAAUAUGACUGCAGAGCGAAUUUACAGUGCUGAUAAGACGGGGUUGUUGUGGACGUGUCUUUUGACAAUAGAAGAGUUUACUCGCUGAACUGGCAAAAUCCCGUUUCCAGCACCGGUCUUUGCUUUAUUAUCUAUGCAAUCAAUAAAAGUGUAAUAACAUAGAUAUACGGAGAGCAGCUACCGCUGAUGUCGUGACGGUCCUGUGGUCUCAGUCUGGAUUCCACAGUUGCUUAUCUUAAGCAGUGCUUCUCCCGUCCUUCUGGAGAGACUAUACUCCUACUGGGUGGUGUGUCUAACGGAUUGCUCCAAAUAAAGUGUAAGGAGUUACAGACCAAGCGAGAAACAUUGUGACCAAAGCAGAAAUGCCAAACCACAAAAAUCAAAGGCUCCUAGUUCUGUGCACCUCUCAACAAGUACACUACGAUAGUGGUGGGGAUAGUGGGAGGGCAAAGAGGUGCUAAAGAUCUCACAAGUGAAGAAAGCCAUCACAAGAUGGUGGGGGGGGUAACCUGGUUUUGAGAAUAUGUAACACCUGCACCCUUCCAAGGGACAACCACACUGACUUCUAAAUGAAAUCAACAGAACUUUAAACUCAUUCCAGAUCACUAGCUUACAACCAACACUCUAUCACUCUAAGCCCCCAUACACCACACAACGGUUGGAAGGUCACCCCUUGAACUCCCCAGAAUUCCUCUUGUGGCAAACUGAGCAUAAGCAAUACAACACCCAAUCAGAACAGGGCACAAGACUAUCUAUUUAUUGAACUAUGCUGGCUCCUCUCAGUGCCGUUACAAUAUUAAAUCGGGGCCGGUUGCAACUCUGUACGUAAUUGGCAUUAUUUGUUUCUUUAACUUGUUGGAGACGAUGUAUAACCUGAGAAUUUUUGUUUCUUGUUUACCAUUCUUCUGCUUCACAUUUGCUCGGUGUAAAUAUAAAGGUGAUCGGCAGCAUUUACAGCUCCAGGACUGACCGGCUCCCCGAUGCCCGCCUCCAUACAGAGCGGCGCUCCGGUGUAACACCGGUUUCCACCAAGUGGCGUCGCUAUUGUGCCUGACACGUUCGGCAAACGGCCCAUCCACGCUCCAGAGCGCAUCGAACACCAUGGCAACGCAUUGUUUACAUUAGCAACCCGUGAAGAAAGCUAUUAGGCUGGUGCUGACUGCUGCCGAAAGUCAUCUUUCUCAGCACUAAAGCUAAACAUUCCCUGCGGAGAAGUUACUUAUCGGGUGUAGCUCAGUACAAUGGAUUCUGACAGCUUGCGCUAUUCUCUUGACCUUGUUUCUGGUUGUGGUUUGACUCUGAGUUGUGAGCAGAGGGCAGCCUUGCAGACAUCCCUGCUCAUCCUUAAAAGAAACUACAAGUUCAGCCGCGUUCUCUUUUGGGGUAAAAUUUUAGGGCUCCGAAGCGACUAUUUUAUAGCCCAUGGAAUUACUGAGGAUGAAAUGAGGAACAGGAAAACACUCUACAGCUUUAAUUGUGUGGAUUGGCACUUGCUCCCGCCGGUUACAGAGGCCCAGCUUGCUGAGGUAUCACUGCUCAAGGAGCACUUCAAGGGGGACCCUUCCUACGAGUACGAGCACACAGAGACCCGCGGGCUAGACGAAGGGGACGAGGCCGUUGUGGAAGAGAUCACUGUUAAAAUGACGGAAGAGACGAGACUGGCGGCCACGGUCUUCAACAUAGACCGAGAGGUGUCUGUGGUCCCACGCGGUGCGUUCAUAAAGACCCCCAGUGGGAGAGUGCAGGUUAACCGCUGCUUUGAAGGACUCUCCGAGUCGGAGGCCAGGAAGCUGAGCAGUUACCUACACUUCUCCGAGCCUCAGCACCUGAAGAAGAAGACCAUUCUAGAGACUGCUGACCUGAACCCCUCAAUUGAUUUCCUUGACAACUUAAGUGAGGACACACCCAAAGGAUCGUGGAGUCUGCAGUUUGAGAGAGGAAGCAUUUCUGUCCUACGCAGUUUACUCUGGCUUGGCCUAACCUUCUUCCAUGUGCCCAUGACGCCUCAGCAUGGAUACAUUUACAUGGGAGAUGGAAUGAAGAACCACUACCUUCCCUUCAUGUUAUGAAAAUGCCCAAAAAUGCACCCAAUAUACCCUAAAUGUUAUUUAUAAGAAACACAAAAAUGUGCAGCUCAGGUAGUUGAGUCUGAGAGGUUCAGUUGAUCACCAAGCUGGGUGUAUUUGGUGUGAACACUUCAUUGCCACUCAAGGAAGAGUGGCUCAAUCCAGCUUCUGACAAGGAAGGGAAUUUGCAGAAACCUGAUUCUCUGGCCAGGAUUCAGUUCUCACAUCACAUGGAUUUGGAUGCUGUCCGUGAGCCAAUGAGAGCCGAAGAGCUUGUACAAUGGAGCCACACCCAGAGCAAAUGGGUUCAAUAUAACCAGAACCCAUAAGGUCUACAGCCAAGGUCAGCUGAAAACUGAUCAGCCAAUUAUAACCAUUCCCACUUAGCUCCUCUUUUCAUUUUCUGCUCAUUGACAAUGUUGUAUUGAUAACACAAAACAUUAAUUCCAAAAAUGCCAAGUUUGGCCAUCAACUGAUAUAAUGCACAUCCACAAUCCUGAGCCUCACUCUAAUGUAUAACUUGAAACACCCAUUUAUAAUGUACUGUUUACUUCCAGGGCAGUCUCCCUGAAGUAAAUUUAGCUCAGUAACAAUGUAACAAGUGUAAUGUAUUUCAAGUAAUAAAUACAUUUUUGUUCAUACAAAACUGAAGUCUCAACGUGCAUAUACUGCAACACAAAAAAUGAAACACGUUAUGUUGCAGCAAACGGGAACACGGCAGCUAGCCAUGAACUGGACAUUGCAGAAUCAAUCUGAUGUUCAGUGACUUUUUGAAACUUUCCUCCUCCUAUAAAUCUUUAUCGAUGUUCUCUGAUUUAUGCAAGAAUGUCAAGUUCCUGCAUAUUGUGUCACCCUUCAUGUAGUUGCUACUUGUUAAAAUUAAGGGAAUAUUCAAACUAAAUUCAAAUGCAUAUCUUUCAGUUGCUUAUAAUCAUGCUAUAAAUUUAACUAUAAAAGUUUUGAUGAUUCUGCCCUGCUGCCAUGUUGCCACACUGUGAUAUUCAUGCAGUCAGCAACUUGUAGCUGCCUUUUGCAAACCCACAGCCUGAAAAGAACUUUGGAAAAUUCUACCCUAUACAUAGUGCAUGCCUAGACUGAAAUUUUUUUUACAAAAACUGUACUUCAAGAUUUUUCAGUACACAUGGCAUUGUUCCUGCAAUGCAUAUUUUUCAGCAUUAAAGUCUCAAGAUUAAAGGGAAAUAAUUAUAAAAAUUAGCUUAUUUUUGCUCAUAUUACUAUUUAGCAAGACACCAAGUGUCCCUG